AUGCUCACUUCUCUUGGCGAGCUCGUUAGCAAGCUUCAAGAACAGAUUGGCAACCUGUCAUCGCGCGUGGAGUCGGUCGAGAAGCACAACACCCCUACCCACAGCUUCAACACAAUUUUAGACCAACCCCAUCAGAUCGACAAAGCAAAAUCUCCGAGCCAUGAAUCAGACAUCCAAGCCUCAGAAGGGGAGUCUUCCCCAAGGCAGCGUCUCGCACGUCAAACGAUCAGUCGCAGGCAUUACUGCGGGCCAACAUCGCCAGACUAUAGUUUGAAUGUGGCCCAGAUGCGCAUGAAGCAGGGCAUCUUCAGCCAUCAGUCUAGCCGACCAUAUCUCCCUAGUAUAGAGGACUCUCAGUCAGAUGAUGGAGAGUCGGAGAAUGGCUCGGGAUAUGAUUUCCAUGAUGGUCCUUCUGGUCAAGAUUCUGGCGGCUCUCUAAAGAGGCUGGUUGGGUUUACACGACAUCUCACAAAGCGCCGAGCUACGCAGCUAAUUUCUACCUAUCAAGAGGUUUUCGGCGACUUCCAUCCCAUCCUAGACAUCCAGAAUCUCGUCAGCCAGCUCGAAAGGCUCUACCAACUCAAUGCUCACACGUACGCAACCGACUUUUCCACGAACUCAGGUUUCAGCGAAGUUAUCGACGAAUCUUCGGUCCUGAUCAUCAACCUCGUACUCUCCAUUGCGCUUUGUGCUGAGCCAACUCAACAUCCAAGUAUUGACGUGCCCGGGGAGAUUUACUCCUAUUGCCGGCAAAACAUUGAAACACGACUAAUGUCCUCUGUAUCUCAUGUGAAUAAUGCAGUAAUUGCGAUUCUAGUGGGAACUUAUCAAUUUUUCCGAGACGAUGCACGAACGGCGUGGAGAAUGUGUGGAACAGCAGGCAACAUACUCCUUGAGCUUGGACUUCAUAGUCGCGAUGUUCCUGAGCACAUCCUAGGAUCUGAACGCGAGCGAGUACAGGUUAUUGCUGUCAUAUGCACAACGAUCGUCUUAGACAGGCAGUGGAGCGCGGCUACAGGGUUGCCAACCCAUUUUCAAGAGUCGCAUUUCCACCAAGCUAUGAAGUCGUCCGUUGAAUCUCCAUAUCUCCGAGCAAUGGUGGCAUUCAUGGCACUCAGCGACAAGUUUACGUCACCGGUUGCUCGCAGUGCCGCAACAGGUCAGCCGUACGAUGAAGAUGAGACUUUCGACAUCCUGAAUUUCCAGAUUGAGCAGUGGAGAAAGAAUUCUGUGGGAAACUUUGACCUCAGACAGCACGAGGUAUUCGUCAUGACCCCAAUCCGCCGCAUACCAUCUUGGGCAGUCCUUCUCAACCUAAGAGCCAAUGCGGCCCACAGCAUGCUUCUCCGCCCCUUUUUCUUCACCAACAAGCCUACACCUGGCAGCAGAAAGAACAUCGAGCCCGCCUUAAGGCUUUCAGCUGAGUCGAUCAGCAUAUUGUCGAAGCUGGACAAGGCCACGGAUGUCUACCGAAAACAACAGCCUUUUUACGUCCACCUGCUCGUUAGCGCAUGUGCUCUCAUGUCUCUCGUGAUUGCCCACCUCGCUCAGAAUCAUAGCACUCUAGCCCCUGACUUACCCGAGAGCUUCUCUGACACCGUGAGCAAGAGUUUCAGGAAGGCUCUCAAGUUGGCAAAGGCAUACAAAGACGCAUCACGAGCAUCUCGCAAGCUAUGGAAGAGAUUAUUACUCAUGCGUGAACCUUUGAUGCAGCUCAAAAUUAUUUGCGAUGACGAAGAGCGCCCCAUGCGAGUACCAAAACGAGGCGCAAAUCUUAACCGCUCAUCCUGGGCAGCAAAUCUCAGCAGCAUGCAUACCACGGUCGUCAAGCAGUCUGGGCAGAGCCUGGAAGACCAAUUUUGCCUGGCGAGUUCGGCGGCAGAGCAGAGAGUAGCAGAAGGCGGACUGGCGAACAAUGACAUCAAUAUCGAAGUUAACGACGCAAGCAGCCUUUAUCCACCAUUCUCAAACGACUUCAUGCAAGAUAUGCCAUUUCUUCCCGGUUCAGCGGAUGCAGCCAACACCGGCUUUGAUGGAACUAUUGCUAGUCCAGCGGCGGUAUUUGGAGGGACUAGAUCAAUUUUCUGCGAUUGGCCGCUCGUGGACAGUCAGACAUUCUUCUCGGAGGGAGAACUUUUGUACGAGGAAUGA